CCUUCUAUGUAUACCCCAAAAGCGAAAACGAACGUGAAGAAUUAAAGAGAGAAAUGGCAUCAAAAGAGAAAAUGAGCGUAAUCCGUCAUCUCCUAUGCUUGCUGGUUUUGACGAUCCUUGUCUCCUCAUGCACCUGUGACGAGGGAGGGCAGGACUCAUGGGCUGCUUGGGCUCAAGAAAAGGUGGUCGAGGGUCUCGGCCCACGACAAGAGAACGCCAAGGUCGCUGCUCGUCAGAUGAGGGAGAUGUUCGGCGACGCAGCUAAGAAGGCCAAGGAUAAGAUUUCCGAUGUUGUCCCUGGAGACGCAAAAGAGACUACUCACUCCCACAAGGACAAGAAAUCCAAACAUGAAGAAAAAGGAGCAAAAACUCAUGAUUCUCACAAACCAGAGAAAGCCAAAAUUGGCCCACAUGUGAAAAUCGACCCUCUUCCUCAAGAUCCUGAGGAAGUGAAAGGCAUCGCCAAAAUAACACAUCCCUCUCGUAAAUCCAAGGAACACAAAGAACAUAACAAGGGGAAGAAAGAACACGAGAAAAAACUAAACAAAGCUAAACAUCAUGGUGCACCAAAGCACAAUGUUGGCAUGGCCUACGAGAGCACUAAUCCAAGUUCUGUGGGUAAUUCGAAGGGGAAGCAGUCUCAUGUUGCUGAGGAUAUGAAGGGUGAGAAGAUAAAGAGGCCACACCUGAAACGCGAUUGAAAUUUUGAAGCAUAUAUAUGUGAAUUUUUGAAGCACGUACGUCUUAUGUGUUUUUGUUAGCUUCUCUCCACUUUUGGUGUUGUUGGGGAGAGAACGUAUAAGUUUGAUUUUGCUGAAAGUAUCAGUGGUUGUUUGGUACGUUGCAUUUCUAAAUGCAGAAAAUAGUGUGUGUAACAUAUGAUAUAUAUAGAAGAUUAUUCAAAAUCCAUCGUUUGGAUGCUGUUACUUUUGUUAAAGAAAUGUAUAUAUAAUCUAAACCUAUUCAUAGUUUAGUUGCAAAAAGUUAUUGGAUUUGUGGAAUUUUUUAUAGGA